AUGUUGAAAAGGGGCAAGAAGAGGGAUGCCAGCAAGGCAAAGUCCGAAGGCGACGAACGUCCGAAGAAGAUCACUUUGAAUGCAGGGAAUGAGUGGGAAAAGAAUGUGAUUUGCGAGCUGUCGAAGAAGCGGAAAGUGUUGGUGAGGAACUGGGAUGGGAAGGCAGUGAUGGAUAUUAGGGAGUUCUAUUUGGAAGACGGAAAGGAAUAUCCUACCGGAAAUGGUUUAUCAUUUUUCAUGAAUCAGUGGAAAAUCCUUAGAGAUCAUGUCGAUGAAAUUGAUAAGUUGAUGAUGGUUCAUGGUGGCGACAACGACCAAAUAAUAGAACCUCGUUAG